ACACAGGCAAACCCCAACGGAUUCAGUGAUUUUUGUGUGAAAAACAUCGAACACGCAACCAAAGGAAGAAAUGAAAUCAAGAUGGCUGAAAGAGAGAUGCCAGGCGUGCUGGCUUUGAGGAAGCUGUACGAAGACGAGAAGCCGCUGCAGGGAGCCAGGAUCGUCUGCUGCACACACGUCAAUGCGCAAACUGCCGUUGUCAUUGAAACGUUGAUUCAGCUUGGAGCCAAGGUUCGAUGGGCAUCGUGCAACAUCUAUUCAACGCAGCAGAACGAAGUAGCAGCAGCAGUUGCACACGCGGGAGUGAGUGUGUACGCCUGGAAGGGAAUGCAAGAAUCCGACUUCUGGUGGUGCAUUGAUCAAUGCCUCGAACAUGAUAACUGGCAUCCAAAUCUAAUACUGGACGAUGGCGGUGAUGCAACUGACAGACUCUUGAAUAGGUUUCCGAGCGUGUUCAACGGUUUGAAGGGAGUCGUCGAGGAAGGCGUGUCGGGCAUACAUCGGCUGCAUGUGCUCAACAAAAACGACAAGCUGCUCGCGCCAGCCAUGAGGAUCGAUGACGCCGUCGUCAAAUGCAAGUUCGACACGGUGUACUGCUGUCGUGAAACAGUUGUCGAAGUAUUGAAGAAAGCUGCUGAUGUGAUGUUUGCCGGCAUGAAGGUGCUCAUCUGCGGAUACGGCGAUGUUGGAAAGGGGUGCAGCUUAUCGUUGAAAUCAUUGGGGGCGCAAGUCUUUGUAACUGAAGUUGAUCCAAUAUGCGCAUUACAAGCAUGCAUGGAGGGUUACACGGUGGUUCAGUUGGAAGAUGUCAUUGACACUGUUGACUGCGUUAUCACCUGUACAGGUAAUAAGCACGUGCUGUACGGAGAGCACUUCAACAGGAUGAAGUCCGGAUGCAUCGUUUGCAACAUGGGACAUCCUUAUAUGGAAGUCGAAAUUAAGACCCUCAAAUCGAUCAACCUGACAUGGCAGAAGGUGGCCUCCCUAGUAGACCACGUCAUCUGGCCCGAUGGAAAGUUCAUUGUCCUCCUCUCUGAGGGUCGCCUGGCUACAUUGGGCAACUGCAAACUGCCUUCCCUCGUGGCAUCGGUGACUGCCAGCACCCAAAUCUUGGCACUAAUUGAACUUUUCACCGCUCCGCCGAACCUUUACGAACAUGAUAUCUACAUUCUGCCUAAAAAAAUGGAUGAGCUGGUAGCAAGUUUGCACCUGUCCAAGUUCAACGCCCGCCUAUCCGUGCUGACAGACGAGCAGAGCAAAUAUGUCGGCUUCGAUAAGAAAGGCCCAUUCAAAGUUAAAACAUACAGAUAUUGAAGAGCGAGGUGCCACCAGAAAGAUACAUGAUUGAUGGAAGAAGUGAUCGAAUGUUCAAAUGAAAAGAAAAUUCAAAAGAAGACUUGUAGUGUAGAUGUUACUUUAAAAGUUAAUAUGUUAUUCAUAUCCUUUGAAAUAUUUUGUUUCGUUGUCGUCUCCUUCACAGUCAGCACAUUUUUUGAUUUUGUUCUUACCUCUUGUUUCAGUCCAACCCAUUUUAUUUCCUUUUUCCUAUUGUUUUAAACCAAUGUUUUUAUCAACGCUGAAUACAUUAUACACAUACCAUGUAAAGUUACACAUAUGCAUAUACAUUAAUAAUAAUAAAACUAAUUAAACCAUAACUCCCUGUAUGAUGACAUAUCUAGUAGUAAACAUGCGUACGUGCGUUCCGCUACACGUAACAGUUUAUUGGAAAGAUUGGCUGAAAAAAAUUUUUUAUAGCUGGAGCUGACAAUGGGUGGAUGGAUGGAUAAAUUGAUGGAUGGAUGAAUAGACGGAGGGAUAAAUGGAUAAAUUGAUGGAUGGAUGGAUAAAUUGAUGAAUGAAUGAAUUUGUUCCUUUCAAUGACUUCGAAACGAAACCUUAUCGAACAAAUUUUAAAAAUUUUUGUAAAAAGAAAUUGUCUAAAAGUAAAUAGUUAGAUCUUUUGAAUAUUUUAAACCAGGGGUGGACAAACUUUUUGCUGUGAGGGCCGCAUUGAGAACUAUUUUACCGUGGAAGGGCCUCAUAGGUACUUCAAAUAGCAAAUCUUUUUGACCCGGGGAAGAAUUAAGAUUUGUGGAUCUUUUUUUUGAUCAUAAUGUCUGGCUGACGACCUUCUUUUUGGCGAAAAAGGCCUCGCGGGCCGCAUGAAAUAGCUUCGCGGGCCGCCCUUAAUUUGCCCACCACCCCUGUUUUAAACUAACCAAUUUUCAACAUUUUAAAUAUGUUUGUAUUAAUUUUGUAUGUGUAUAAAAAUAGUUUUGCGCUAUAAAUAGCAUGAUAAAAAAAUUCAUGCACACAUUUGAACACAACACAACACACACACACACACACACACACACACACACACACACACACAUGCAUCACCUUCCACUUGCACGUCACGCGCAUCCAGGCAUCUAACAGCAUUCAUUGUUCAUCACUGCCAUUCAUCUACUUUCUUGCAAACAGCAUGCAGCGUGUGCUAAAAGACAGCAAACGCUAUCCAUCCACCCAUCCAUCCAUCUAUUCAUUCAUCUAUCCAUUUAUGAUUAUUCGUCCAUCAAUCCAUCGAUCUAUUCGUUUUUCCUCAGCUAAACUCCCUCAUUUAGAACAGCCACAAAUAUUAUUCCCUACUAAAAAAGAUCAGCAAAUCACUGGAUAUCUUAAUUCUGUUGUAUUAUGAUACUACACACAGAAUAUAAACACAUAUAACCCUAAGUAUAUCAUCAUGUAUAUCAUUGUAUGUAAUUCGUCCAUGGUUCAUGUGGGAUGCAUUUAAAAUAUAUUAUCAUAUAUAUUAUAUUAAUUAUCCAUCAUUAAAAAUGACCUCAAAUAAAAUAAAAUAAACCUCGUAAUUUUAUUUAUUCAGACGUCAAUAAUUGUGUUUCUUACAUACACCAAACGUGGAUAUGUGCGGAAUAAUUUUGGAUUAGGAGAGCAGUCGUUAUUUAUUAGAAAUAGUGAUCAUAUAAAUUAAGAAGAGCAGGUGUAUGUAAAAUUUGGUGAUUAAAUGUUUGCCGAGUGCAUGAUAUGAAUGAAUGCCUUUGUCUGUCUGUGUGCACGUCUGCUUCGUUGGUUGGUGCGUUUCGGAUAUUCAUGUGUGUGUGUGUGUUUGUGUGUGUGUGUUUUUUCAAUAUGGAUGCUGAAACACUGUGUCUAAUGCAUGUAUUUUCGUGUGUAUGUGUGUGUAUGUGGAUGGGCUUGUAUGUAUGUCUGUAUAUGUUUGCAUGCUUCUCUGUAUGCAUGUAAAUUUUGAGACAUUCCACAAUUGGAUUGAAGUUGUUUGUUUGUAAAGUGUAGAAACAAUUAGUUUGAUGAUCCCAACACUGCAUCAUUUUAUUUCAUCGCGAAUACAUUUUAUAAAAGCACUUUAUACAUGGGUGUAGGUAUGUUUUAUAUACAUUUAUAUAUAAAUAAUUUAUAUACAUAUAAUGACAUGUGUUAUUUUCCGUUUUUAGAAAGUAUUUAUAUUGAAAUAUAAACCGGUAAAUGAUAAUUAUUUUGUUUACAAGCUUCGUCAAAUUAUGUUUUGUUGAAUUUUUCGUUCAAUAGUUUGGAUAUUUUCUCACAUCGUUGUUAUUAGGCUUACAGAUUGUGAGUGGUACGAUAGGUAGCCUGCACUUAGUUUUAAAUUAUUUUAUUCUCGUUUUUUUUUGUAAUUUUUUAUAAAAACAUUGAAAUAAAUGUUUGACGUCAA